AUGGCGUGCCACCUGCUCCACAACGUCCUUAGCGGAGUGUUGUCCCGGUCGGAGCCAGCGCCUCGCGGCAUUCAGGAGCUGCUGCGCGUAGGAGAAAGGACGGCCGGCUUCCCAGGUCCUUUAGGAAUAGGAACUCUAGCAAUCAGGCUCCAGGGGACAGAUGUGGUGAUUGCCAUCUUCAUUAUUGUAGCCAUGUCUUUUGUACCGGCCAGCUUUGUGGUCUUCCUUGUUGCAGAGAAAUCCACGAAGGCCAAACACCUGCAGUUUGUCAGCGGGUGUGACCCUGUCAUCUACUGGCUGGCUAAUUACAUAUGGGACAUGCUGAACUACCUGGUGCCUGCUACAUGUUGUGUGAUUAUUCUGUUUGUGUUUGACCUGCCGGCCUACACAUCACCAACUAACUUCCCUGCAGUCCUCUCUCUCUUUCUUCUGUACGGGUGGUCCAUUACUCCCAUCAUGUACCCAGCAUCCUUCUGGUUCGAGGUGCCCAGUACAGCCUACGUGUUCCUUAUAGUCAUCAACCUCUUCAUAGGCAUCACUGCAACUGUUGCCACCUUCCUGCUCCAGCUCUUUGAACAUGAUAAGGAUCUGAAAAGAAUCAACAGUUACCUGAAGUCCUGUUUCCUGAUCUUCCCCAACUACAACCUGGGACAUGGCCUGAUGGAGAUGGCUUACAAUGAGUACAUCAAUGAAUACUACGCUAAAAUAGGCCAGUUUGACAAGAUGAAGUCUCCAUUUGAGUGGGACAUCGUGACGCGAGGGCUCGUUGCCAUGACAAUCGAAGGCUUUGUUGGCUUCCUCAUCACCAUCCUCUGCCAGUACAACUUCCUCAGAAAGCCGCCGAGGAUGCCUGUCAGUUGCCAGCCAAUAGACGAUGACGAUGUAGACGUGGCCUGUGAGAGACGGAGAGUGUUACGAGGAGACGCUGACAAUGACAAGCUAAAGAUCGACAACCUCACAAAGGUUUACAAAUCCAGGAAGAUGGGUCAUAUCUUGGCUGUGGACCGGCUGUGUCUGGGCGUCCGGCCGGGGGAGUGUUUCGGACUGCUGGGAGUGAAUGGAGCAGGGAAGACCACCACCUUCAAGAUGCUGACAGGAGAUGAGUCUACGACUGGAGGAGAGGCCUUCAUUAACGGAAACAGUAUCCUGAAGGACCUGUUGUGUGUGCAGCAGAGUAUCGGCUACUGUCCGCAGUUUGACGCUCUGUUUGAUGACCUGACUGCUAGAGAACAUCUGGAACUUUACACUCGCCUCCGUGGCAUUCCCUGGAAGGACCAGGAGAGGGUGGUGCAGUGGGCAUUAGAGAAGCUGGAGUUGUCAAAGUAUGUAGACAAGCCUGCCGGAACUUACAGUGGAGGUAAUAAACGCAAGCUCUCCACUGCCAUCGCUCUGAUUGGAUACCCCUCACUCAUCUUCCUGGAUGAGCCCACCACUGGCAUGGACCCGAAGGCCCGCAGAUUCCUCUGGAAUUUGAUCCUGGACAUAAUAAAGACAGGACGCUCUGUUGUGCUGACAUCACACAGCAUGGAGGAGUGUGAGGCUCUGUGCACCAGGCUGGGCAUCAUGGUUAACGGCAGGUUCAAGUGCCUGGGCAGCAUCCAACAUCUGAAGAACAGGUUUGGGGAUGGCUACAUGAUCACAGUGAGGACCAAGAGCAGCUCCAAUGUGAAGGAGGUGCUGCGAUUCUUUAACAGGAACUUCCCUGAGGCCGUGCUGAAGGAGCGUCACCACACUAAGAUCCAGUACCAGCUGAAGUCUGAGCGGAUCUCCCUAGCUCAGGUGUUCAGUAAGAUGGAGCAGGUGGUGGAGGUGCUGGGCAUCGAGGACUACUCCGUCAGUCAGACCACUCUGGACAAUGUGUUUGUCAACUUUGCCAAGAAGCAGAGUGACAACCUGGAUCAGCAGGAGGUGUCCCCCCCGGUGCCUGGACAGUCCCCCCUGCAGCGCAUCCUCAACCUGCUGAAGUCUCGGCCGGCCCCCACGGAGCUCAGUGCUCUGAUCAGCGAGGAGCCCGCCGAGCUGGAGAGCGACGAUGACGAAGGACUCAUCAGCUUUGAAGAGGAAAGG